GAGGGAGUGAAAGCUGCUGGAGGCAGUGGGGUGAGCUGAGAACAACAUCCAGUCAUGGAUAAAAAUGAGCUGGUGCAGAAGGCCAAACUGGCAGAGCAAGCUGAGAGGUAUGAUGACAUGGCAUCCUGCAUGACGUAUGUAAUUGAGCAAGGAGCUGAGUUAUCCAAUGAGGAGAGGAAUCUUCUCUCCAUUGCUUAUAAAAAUAUUGUAGAAGCCCUUAGGUCUUCUUGUAGAGUCAUGUCAAGUAUUGAGCAAAAGACAAAAGGUGCAGAGGGAAAGCAGAUGGCCCUAGAAUACAGAGAGAAAAUUGAGACUGAGCUGAGAGAUAUCUGCAAUGAUGUACUGUCUCUUUUGGAAAAGUUUUUGAUCCCCAUUGCUUCACAAGCUGAGAGCAAAGUCUUCUAUUUGAAAAUGAAAGGAGACUACUACCGUUACUUGGCAGAGGUUGCUGCUGUUGAUGAGAAGAAAGGGAUUAUGGAUCAGUCACUACAAGCAUACCAAGAAAUUUUUAGUGUUUUUUUCCCAUGAAGUUUUUAAAUCAGCAAAAAGAAAGUGCAGCCAACGCAGGUCAGAUUGGGUCUGACCCUUAACUUCUCUGUGUCCUAUUACGAGAUUCUGAAUGCUCUGGAGAAAGCCUGCUCUCUUACACAGACAGCUUUUGAUGAAGCCUUUGCUGAACUUGGUACAUUAAGUAUAGAAUCGUACAGAAACAGCAUGAAAAUAAUGCAGUUACUGAGAGACAAAAACUUGACAUUGUGGAUAUCGGAAAUCCAAGGAGAUGAAGCUGAAGCAGAAGAAGGAGGGGAGAAUUAA